GUUAGAACUCACAACUUGCUUGCAAUGUGCCUCAACGGAUGCACUUUACCAUUUAUCACGAACUCCGCACUAGCCGCAUGUCCACUCUUGCUUCUCAGCAUCUCCGGGAUCCUCAGCUGUGGCUUCGCUGCUGGUCGGGUGCAGCGGCCCACGCAGCCCAUUCCCGACCUUGAUUGGCUUGCGCGCCGUCCCUCCCUGGUCCACCCAGUUUUUGGGAACGGAAGCUUAGAGCUUCCCAACGUAAAAAAACUGGUCCCCAACCUGCAACACCAUCACCGACGCCCUCCGAUCCCCGGCUUUUUGGCCAGUUUUCGACGCGCUCGCCGUCAAACCCAUCCGCUCCUUGGCAAUUGGUUCUUCGCCGUUGCGAGCAUACCGUUAGGAUUCGUUCCAAGUUCGUUGUUCACGUAUUGGGGCACUUCGUCUUCUUUUUCGCGCGUUUUCAACCGGUUCCGGCCUUCCUUUUCCACAUCUCGAAAUGCUCGUCCCUGUGAUCCGGAGGCAAGCCCUCCAGCACGCCAGACUUGCGCGCGUCGCGAUCCCCAGCCUAACAAGAUGGUACGCUUCGUAUCCGCCGCACACCAUCGUCAAAAUGCCGGCGCUUUCGCCGACAAUGACGUCGGGAAAUAUCGGCGCGUGGCAGAAGAAGCCCGGCGACUCCAUCUCACCCGGCGAGGUGCUUGUGGAGAUCGAGACGGACAAGGCCCAGAUGGACUUUGAGUUUCAAGAAGAGGGUGUGCUCGCCAAGAUCCUGAAGGAGACCGGCGAGAAGGACGUCGCGGUCGGCAAUCCAAUUGCCGUCCUGGUCGAGGAAGGAACCGAUGUCAGCGCGUUUGAAAGCUUCUCUCUCGAGGACGCUGGCGGCGAUGCUGCCGCCCCGGCGCCCCCGAAGGAGGAGAAGCCCAAGUCUGAGUCUGCCCCCGCCCCGGCGCCGACCCCUGCCCCCGAGCCCGAAGACGCCGGCUUUGGCGGCAGGCUCGAGACUGCUCUCGACCGUGAGCCCAAUAUUUCCGCCGCUGCCAAGCGGCUGGCCAUCGAGAAGGGCGUGUCCUUGAAGGGCCUCAAGGGCACCGGCCCCGGCGGCAAGAUCACCGAGGAGGAUGUCAAGAAGGCGUCGGCCGCCCCCGCUGCCGGUGCUGCAGCGGUCUCGGGUGCCCUGUAUGAGGACAUUCCACUCAGCAACAUGCGCAAGACGAUCGCUUCGCGCCUCAAGGAGUCCGUCGCCGAGAACCCCCACUACUACGUCUCGUCCUCCCUGUCGGUGUCCAAGCUCCUCAAGCUGCGCCAGGCCCUGAACAGCUCGGCCGAGGGCAGGUACAAGCUGUCGAUCAACGACUUCCUGAUCAAGGCCGUGGCCGUGGCCUGCAAGAAGGUUCCUGCCGUCAACAGCUCGUGGCGUGAUGGCGUCAUCCGUCAGUUCAACACGGUCGACGUCUCCGUUGCCGUGGCCACCCCGAACGGCCUGAUCACUCCCAUCGUCAAGGGCGUCGAGGGCAAGGGCCUCGAGAGCAUUUCGUCGGCCGUCAAGGAGCUCGCCAAGAAGGCCCGCGACAACAAGCUUAAGCCGGAGGAGUACCAGGGCGGCACCAUCAGCAUCUCCAACAUGGGCAUGAACCCGGCCGUUGAACGCUUCUCCGCCGUCAUCAACCCGCCCCAGGCGGCGAUCUUGGCUGUGGGCAGCACCAAGAAGGUUGCCGUCCCCGUCGAGAACGAGGACGGCACCGAGGGCGUUGCGUGGGAUGACCAGAUCGUGGUCACCGCCAGCUUUGACCACAAGGUUGUCGACGGUGCCGUCGGUGCUGAGUGGAUGCGGGAGCUCAAGAAGGUCGUUGAGAACCCACUGGAGCUGCUUCUUUGAAGCUCUCCCCCGAUGCCGGGCAUUGGUGGAAGACGCUGUACGAGGUACGGGUUCGGAGGUGCAUUAAGGGAUCCGGAAUUAGCCAGCCAAAGCACUAUAGAAGGACUGGAGGAUUUGGCGUAGAUUGGGAGCGGGGACUCGAAAGACUGGUUUCUCCUCCCUGGCCGCCAUGGGUUCGCCAGGCACCGAGGCUCAUUCAUUCUGGCCUGGCCGGACGUCAAGUUGGCAACCAAUACCCAUCCCCUGCGUGAUGAAAGCUCGAGCGCAAGACGACACCUUUUGUCUUGUUAUUUAUUUAAAUGUACAUUGACCUCACCUCAUAGUAAUCACGUUCAGGGUUGUUUAAUCGAGCAACGGAGUUUCGGCCACCGUCUCCCGGCGUCCUCUCCUGGCCAUU